AUUUGCGACAAUUCACCUGCAUACAGGGGCAGCAUAUCUAGCAGCUACUCCGCCCCCAAAUGCUCGCCGGCAUAUCCCGUUUCCUCACUCGCCGCCGCCGCCCGCCCUUUCCGCUUGCCGCUACCGCCGCUGCAGCAGCCAUGUCGUCGUCGUCGUCCACGGCAGCGAACAUCUCCGAGCGUCCGAUCUCUCCGGACACCACCCGCGUGGCCUGGGUGGGGACGGGCGUCAUGGGCCAGUCAAUGGCCGGCCACCUCCUCGCCGCCGGCUACGCUCUCACCGUAUUCAACCGGACGGCAUCCAAGACCCAGGGCCUCGUCUCCCGCGGCGCCAGCCUCGCGGACAGCCCGCGCGCGGCCGCCGCGGCUGCCGAUGUCAUCUUCCUCAUGGUCGGCUUCCCCUCCGACGUCCGCUCCACCGCCCUCGAUCCAUCCACAGGCGCCCUCUCUGGCCUCACCCCAGGCGGUAUCCUAGUCGACAUGACCACCUCCGACCCCACCCUCGCCGCCGAGAUAGCCGCGGCCGCGGCCGCCGCCGGCUGCUCGGCCGUCGACGCCCCCGUCUCCGGCGGUGACCGAGGGGCCCGCAACGCCACCCUCUCCAUCUUCGCUGGCGGCGACGCCGCCGUCGUUGCUCGCCUGGCGCCGCUCUUCAAGCUCAUGGGAAACGCGCUGUACAUGGGCGGGCCCGGCGCGGGGCAGCGCGCGAAGCUGGGCAACCAGAUCGCCAUCGCAUCCACCAUGGUAGGGCUCGUGGAGGGCAUGGUGUACGCGCACAAGGCCGGGCUGGACGUGGCCAAGUGGCUGGAGGCCAUCUCCACCGGCGCAGCCGGGUCCAAGUCGCUGGAACUGUAUGGGAAGCGGAUCCUGGAGAGGGAUAUGGCGGCUGGCUUCUAUGUCCGGCACUUCGUCAAGGACCUCGGUAUCUGCCUGUUGGAAUGCCAGGCCAUGGGGCUGUCGCUGCCGGGGCUCGCCCUCGCGCAACAGCUGUACGUGUCGCUGAUCGCGCACGGCGAGGGCGGGCUCGGUACACAGGCGCUUAUACUGGCCGUCGAGCGGCUGAACAACACCAGCCUCGAGAAGAAGGACGAAUGAAAGGCCCCAGGCUCUAGCUUUGAUGAACUUGUGGGAAGCUUUGCUUGGUGCCUUGGUGCAAGUAUGCAAGAUCGAGGUGACUGUUAAGUUGUCUUUCAGAGUUCUACAGUUGUUCACUUUUGUAGUAGUAUAUAUGUUAUGCACUUGUGCAAAAAAUUGUGCUGGCUUGGAUGAUUGCUUAGCUCUACCUGUUUACAUCCGCCACCGGUUCAAAUAAGAUUUUACAAA